GUCUCCCCUCCGCUCGUUUUCUCGCUUUGUUGUUCUCUCUCCUGCGUCGCUUCUCUGAUGGCGGACGUACCCAAACUGAGCAUCACGCUUCUAGGAGCAGGGCAGGAAGUUGGCCGCUCAUGUUGUGUCUUGCAAUAUCGUGGUCGGACCAUUGUUUGUGAUGCCGGUGUUCACCCCGCGUACAGCGGCAUUGCCUCUCUACCGUUCAUAGACGAACUGGACUGGAGUACCGUCGAUGUCCUUCUUAUUACUCACUUUCACCUGGACCAUGCAGCCGCCCUCACGUACAUCAUGGAGAAGACGAACUUCAAAAAUGGGAAGGGAAAGGUGUACAUGACCCACCCUACCAAGGCUCUCCAUAAAUUCAUGAUGCAGGACUUCGUUCGCAUGAGUUCAUCAUCAACGGAUACGUUGUUCACCCCACUCGAAAUGUCUAUGUCUCUUGCGUCUAUCACUACUGUGUCUGCUCACCAAGUCAUCAACCCGUGUCCUGGUGUCACCUUCACGCCCUACCACGCUGGUCACGUCCUCGGUGCUUGUAUGUUCCUCAUCGACAUUGCUGGGCUCAAAAUUCUGUAUACUGGCGAUUACUCCCGAGAAGAGGACCGACACUUGGUCAAGGCCGAGAUUCCACCCGUCCACCCUGACGUCCUGAUUGUCGAGAGCACCUACGGUGUCCAGAGCCACGAGCCUCGAGAAGACAAGGAGACGCGCUUCACGAAUUUGGUUCACUCUAUCAUUCGCCGCGGCGGUCACGUUCUGCUUCCGACGUUCGCCUUGGGUCGUGCUCAGGAACUGCUGCUGAUUUUGGACGAGUACUGGGCGAAACAUCCGGACCUCCACAAUGUACCAGUGUACUACGCGUCAAGUCUCGCCCGGAAGUGUAUGGCUGUGUAUCAGACGUACAUCCACACCAUGAAUGCGAACGUACGCACACGAUUCGCGAAACACGACAACCCCUUUGUAUUCAAACACAUCACAAAUGUACCCGGUACGCGAGGAUGGGAGCGCAAAAUUGCUGAAGGUCCUCCUUGUGUGGUACUCGCCUCCCCCGGCUUCAUGCAGACAGGACCCAGUCGCGAACUCCUGGAACUCUGGGCGCCCGACGGACGGAACGGCUUGAUCGUCACGGGGUACUCUAUCGAAGGAACGAUGGCGAGGGAAAUCCUCACCGAGCCCGAAGAGAUCACCACGAUGAAGGGCAACACGAUCCCGAGAAAGAUCUCGGUCGACUACAUGUCGUUCAGCGCGCACGUGGACUACUCGCAGAACUCUGAGUUCAUGGAACUCGUGAAGCCGCAACAUAUUGUCUUGGUACACGGCGAGGCGACCGGUAUGGGCCGUCUGAAGGCUGCGAUGCAGGAUAGGUACAAAAGCCGGGACGAGGAGAUUAAAAUCCACACCCCGCGGAACCUCGACACGCUCGAGCUGACGUUCCGCAGCGAGCGUGUGGCGAAGGCAAUCGGCACGCUUGCGAACAAGCCCCCACAGCCGAACGACAUCAUCUCGGGCCUGCUAGUGUCGAAGGACUACUCGUACACGCUGCUCGACCCACGCGACCUGCGCGACUUCGCGGGGCUCACGACGUGCGUGGUCACGCAGCGCCAGAAGGUUGCGCUUGGGGUCGGCUGGGACCUCGUACGGUGGCAUUUGGAGGGUAUGUUUGGCGCUGUUGAGGAGGGUAUGGACAAGGACGGGGUUGUCACCAUGCGGGUGAUGGGCGCGGUCGAUGUAAAGCAGACGUCGGAGCACGAGCUCACGCUGGAGUGGGACUCGAGUGCGAGCAACGACAUGAUUGCGGACUCGACGCUCGGGCUCAUCACCGGGAUCGAUAAGAGCCCAGCCUCCGUGAAGCUGACGACGAGUGCGCACAGCCACACCCAUGCGCCAAAACACGCACAUCCGCACGCGGACGUGACCGACCCGGUGACGCGCAUACAGCGGCUCGCGUGGUUCCUCGAGGAGCACUUCGACUCGGUCGAGCUGCACAUGCCCGAGGAGAUGGACGAGGAGGCGGCCGAGGAGGAUCGCGAGCCGGCGCUGGUGGUGGAGAUUCACGAAGCCCUGGCGGUGAUCAACUUACGCACUAUGACUGUGACGAGCGAGAGCAACUCGCUGCGGAAGCGCGUCGAGGCGGUCCUGGACAUGGCCGUGUCGACUGUGAGCUCGCUUGGAGAGGCAUUCACGGCGGGCGCUCCGUUGCAUAUGGAAGAUGCUGCGCAUGCUGGGGAGGCGGAGAAGUCCCGUUCCGGGACGUUGCCGCUUCCGUCGAUUGCGGAGCACGCGGAGGAGUCGAAAGGGCUGCCUGAGGCUGCCGCUGAGGACACGUCUAUGAAGGAGGCGGACAAGAAGCCCGACGCUCAAGAGGACGCGGAGGAUACAAAGCCCGAUGUGCGGGGUGGCGAGGAAGACGAGGGAGACGAUGAGGAGGAGGAAGACGAGGAAGACGAUGGGAUUCUGGAAGUACACGGGUAG